CGCCCGCAGCAUUCCUCCGUCUGCAUAUUUCUGCUGUCUGAUGAACUGUAACGUGUUUCAGGUGAUUAUGUAUCUAAAUUCUUCACGUUGUUACUUUAACUUCCUCCUUUUUUCCCCUUUUCUCCUCUCCAGGAAUCUUCACUUCAUCCACUCCUGACUUCUACCUCUACAGACACUCAGUGCUGCACUUUUCUACACAUACUUCCUGUCUUUUUUUCAUCAUGAUCCAUUUGUCAGUUUCGCAUCUGUCGUCAAAGCCGCCAUUUUUUCUGGGGCUUUUUCUCAAGAGGAGGCUGAUUCCUGCUUCUUCCCGUUGAAGUGUUCAGAGAUACUGUUUAAAACCUUUUCCUACUGGUUUUCUAUCCGGCCUUUUCUCUGUUUGUUUGUAUCUAUCUUUUCUGUUUCAGUUUCUCUCUACCUCUGUCUUUCUUUGCUUUGCCCUUGGUUUCUGACAGAUACGCCUGUGUGACAUUUUACUUUAACAGUCUUUAUCACCCAGUUUUUAAUGGGCACAAACUGACGGCACACAACAGUUUUCCUCUGUUUUCGUUCCUGUCUUUAUUUUUUGUUUCCGUCCCCGUCGAGGGAAAAGCUUGAGACAAGCUCAACUUCCAAACUCACUCGGUUGUCUUAGUCGUUUUCCGUCUCGUCACAACAUGUGGUCUACCUUCUUGGUGACCGACGAGGAGGGCCGGACGGUGGGCCCGGCGGCGGCGGCAUCGGUUGGAGGGCCUCCGCCUGGAGGACCGGCCCAGGGCCCGGUGGGUCUGACCAACCUGAUGUCUGGACGCAGUACGUUUGGGGGGAACAAGCGCCGCAGGACAACAUCGACAGGAAACGCCAUGAGUGAGGCCCAGGAAGGGAAGAUCAAGUUGGCGUUCUUCGUGGCCAUCGUGGGCGUAGUCCUGACGGUCCUCGGGGUGGGGACUGAGUUCUGGGUGGAGCUGGCACCUCCUAAACAUUUCUACAACAACCAGACCUGUCUGACAGCUCACUACGGCCUGUGGAAGGGCUGCACCAAGACCUUGUGGGUGGCUGAUAUCGACCCGGAGAGAGAGAGCUGCGGACCUGCCGAACUACCCGGAGAAUCCAACUGCACCUACUUUAAGUUUUUCACCACGGGGGAAAAUGCUGUGAUGUUCCAGAAGAAAACGCAUAGGAAUCUGAAUGUAGCGGCAGCCAUGUUGGCCCUGUUCAGCCUGUUCCUGAUGGUGAUGGGGGCCAUUUGCAUCACCAUGUCUCUCAGUAAAGAGAUCAUCUUCUUCCUCAAGCCCGCGUCCUUCUGCUUUAUUCUGUCAGGUAUCAUGGUGCUUCUGUGUCUGAUGGUGUUCCACCAGUCCGUCAUGGCCUUCCUGGCCAGCGACCACACGGUUCCUCUCCACCACGAGCUCUCCUGGUCGGUGUCGUGCAUCGGCUGCGCGGGGGCCGUCCUCAUCGUGGGCGGCGUCCUCUUCGUGCUGCUGGCGCUGCCCUACAGCCCCUGGCAGAGGUGUCUCCCUCAGAAGGACAGCAGCAGCUAGUGGCCCGGAGGUGGUGUCGCACUUUAUCUGCUCCCUCUGUCGGUGUGGAGGGUGGAGGGCAGAGGGGCGAGGGUGUUUCCCAAACUCGUCUGAGCAAAGAGAUGUGUUUUUUUUUUUUUUUUAAAUGGAAGACUGAUGGUAGAUUCACACGAUGUCUAUCUCUCUGUCUUCAUCACAGUAUUCUUGCUUUGUUCUCACUGUUUGACUGCGAGUCAUUCUGGACUUUGAUUUAUGAUCCCUUACUUUGACACUUAUACCAUGUUAACUUUUCCUUUUAGUCUCAUUAACUGUGGCGAAGGUGAUGCUCAGAUGUGUUUGGGAAACAGUCCUGUAUUGUCUUACUAAUCAUCCUGCAGGGUUUGGAGGCAAUUUACUGUUGGUUCGUUCAAUAAAUUAACAAAUAAAAUACGUAUUGUGUAAAUGCUAUUGCUAAAGCUGCUAUUCUGUCCCCUUUAGAAUAAACGUAUUGUCAAACAAUCCUUUAUAAGCCAGUCGGCAGCUUAUCGGCCCGCUGGUCACCUGCUGCAGAGGCAAACGAUGAAGUCUUUGUGGUGACUCAGGCGACGUGAGGUGACUUGAGGCGAUGCAACUGUUGCAAAAACGCAAGUGCCUUCUAGGAUGCCUGAAUGCUGGAUAAAACCUUAUAAAGUGCCGUUGAGGGUUUCCUUUCUCCUCAGACAUCCUGAGUCCGCCAAAAGAUCGUUGUGUCAGUUGUUUUUUAUUUGCCACAUCUGGGCUCCUGUAAGUAACAAAACGACCCUCCAAAGCAAAAAAGCUACAAUGAAUGAACAGUUUGUUGAUCUCCAAUCACAGAACCUCGAUAAAGAAACUAAUUUUUUGUUUUUUUUCUCAGUGACGUUUGAAAUAAAGCAAUAAUAUUUAUUAAGUUUGAUUUUUAUGUUUGUCCUCUAACGCCUUCCAGUCCGCACCGCUGCCUUCAUACUGUCACUGCGGAUGUUUUGUUCUUGUGUUUGCAUCACUGUUAGAUUCACAGGCUCUAUAGCAGAUAUUUUAAAUCAGGUGUGCUGUAGAUGAACAGUUUGUCAUGCAGAUAGAAGACAGUAGAUUUGUCGAGGAGUCGAGGGAACACUGUGUUCAGUCAGCUCAUCGUGUGACGCGCCGCUUUGUUUUUACCUUCAUUGUUCCUCUCGGAUGAUUUAUGUAAAGUGCUUCUCUGUGCCUGAAUGGAAGCUGAAGCGUCUCUGCAACUUUUUUUUUUUUUUUUGUUGAACUGGAAUCGAUUGAGUAUGAAUGACUUCAUUUUAUUAUUAAACACGACAUGAAUAUUUAAUGUCA